AUGUCCACGUCUGUUCUUCGGGGUCUUCGCGGGGUCGAAAAGCUGGAGGGGCGCGGGGCAGAAAAUUUGGGUCGGUCAUAUAUCACCACUGUAUCUCAAUUGUGCGUCGCGCAGCAGGUGUCGGUGCUUGUCGCUGAAUGUACCUCUUAUCACAAGCAUUUUAUGGAGCCCGAUACCCUGGGGACCUUGGUGGACCUUGCAAACUGUAUUCUCGAGCGGGUCAAGCGCCCAGUGAGCUGGCUACAUAUGCCAGUUCCGAAGAGUCGAGAUGACGUGGCAUAUUUUGAUCCGCUGAGAGAUCUACAGGCUGGCGAAGAUACGCGUCUUUACCUGGGACUGGUGCAUCCAGACGACAUGGAAGGGACUCGGCGGAGAAUUAGGGCUGCGCAGUCGGUCAUCCACAGGGAAUUCAGUGUAGCCACUGAGUGUGGGAUGAGGAGAAUCCCGAGGGAGGAGCUUGAGAGCAUCCUCCGCAUCUCGAAGGCCGUGACGGAGGUUGACCGCAGUGUUGGGACUCAGGAGUAG